AUGGAACCGCCUCUCAAUGCCAAAACUAAAGGGGAAGGGAGCCAGGAUGAAGUUGCUGCCUGGGAAGUAGAAGAAGGAAUACCCCAGUUUGAAGACCAGUUUAUCCAAAAGUAUUUACAAGGGAGGAAUGCCUUGAUCCAGGAGGAAAAGAAGCAGAGGCAUGAUGCUCAUUUUCAAAAGUGCAUGUCAGCCUCUACAAAGGAAGCAUGCCGAAUUAUCUCACAUAUUCGAGACAGGGAGUUAAAGACUGUCUGGAAUAAGGUGGAGGAGGAGAAUCUAGCAAAGACCCAGGAUACGGUGCUUUACCCAGGAAUGAUGUUCCGGCUAGCUAAGGAUAAGAUGGAAGGAACAGAUUUAUGGAAGAUAGUUAAAAGGAUGCCAAAAGGAGCUUUACUACAUGGCCAUCUCGAAGCAAUGGUUGAUUUGGAUGUACUGGUAAACCAAGUGUUAUCUCUCCCUGGCAUUCACAUUGCAUCGGACCGGCCAUUAAUAGGAGAGAGCCUCUUACUUUCUCCACUACGAUUUCAGUAUUUUUCCGAAGCACAAAAUGUUGCGUCUGAAACUAGCGCAUCGGGCAUCUGGAGUCCAACGUAUAAACCACAACUGUUCGUUCCCGUUAAAGAGGCUGCCGAAACAUUCCCAGAUGGGGGAGUUAGGGGAUUCAGCGAUUGGCUUAAGGGGAGGUGUACUAUUGAGAAGGAGACAUCCCUGAAUCAUCACCAUGGAUGUGCAGCUAUCUGGGAAGUACUUGAUCAAAAAUUCCAGGUAGUAGAUGCGAUACUCUACUAUGAACCGAUAUUUCGAGCAUGUCUCAAGCAUAUGCUGGCAGAGUUAAACGAAGACGGCAUUCGAUACGUUGAAUUCCGACUAGCCUUUGGAUUCGAAUAUCGCCGUGAUAAGUGUGAGGAGCCCGACUUCAAUUUUGAGUCGAUAUUCGAAGCGUUUGGAGAAGAGAUCGAAAGGUUCAAAGCCUCAGAAGCCGGUAAGGGGUUUCACGGCGCCCGGAUGAUAUGGACGACUAUGCGAAGCCAUCCAAACCGUGAUAUUGUGGAGAGCAUGAAAGAGUGUAUACUCACCAAGCUGCAGUUCCCCGAGCUCAUCUGCGGCUUCGACCUGGUUGGGCGUGAAGAUGAUGGGAGGUCGCUGGUGGACAUGAUCCCUGUCCUAUUCUGGUUCAAAAAACAGUGUGCUGUGGAGGGAGUCGAGAUCCCUUUCAUGUUCCAUGCAGGAGAGUGUCUGGGAGACGGCGACGAGACAGACUCAAAUCUGUACGAUGCAAUUCUCCUAGGCACACGCCGUAUCGGCCAUGCGUUCUCUCUCUACAAGCAUCCUCUGCUCAUAGACCUGGUAAAAGAGAAGAAGAUUAUGGUCGAGUGCUGUCCGAUCUCGAACGAGGUGUUGCGGUUCACUAGCUCCAUCAUGUCACACCCGCUUCCAGCCCUGUUGGCUAGAGGCGUAGCUGUGUCACUGUGCAACGAUGAUCCAUCGAUGCUCGGCCACGGCAAAAACGGACUUACCCAUGACUUCUGUCAAGUACUAAACGGCCUGGAAAACGUUGGUCUCUCGGGCCUUGCUACCAUGGCCGAGAACUCGCUCAGAUGGAGCUGCUUCGAGGACCAGGACAACUCGGCCUGGCUUGCAGAUAUCAAACGAGGUAUAGCUGGAACGGGCCGGAAGAGCGAGCACAUACGCAACUGGCACAUCGAAUUUGAGCAGUUUUGUCAGUGGGUGGUUCUCGAGUUUGGCGCCGACAUUCCUCCAAGCGACGACUAG